GGAAGACACGCUCUCAAAUCUGCGGCAGUGUGGCUCUAUAAAUACAGGCUGGUCUCAAAUUAACGACCUCCCAUGAGCUACCACGAAGCUUAUAUACAGUACUACACAUAUGCGUAUAUUUUAGCUACUGUGUAAAUUGACUAUCCGUAUGCAGUCUGCUUAAUUAUCUGCAGGUUAAUUAACAGUUGCUGACGCUGGUCAUGGCCAAGGCCCAGCUCGUCGCCCGCCUCGCCGUGGAGCUCGCCUCGUCCUCGCCGCUGUCGUCGAUCAUCAGGCAGCGCCGCCGCCACUGGAUCCCGAGGACGAAGCUGGACACGAUAGCGGAGGAGGAGAAUAUGGCUCUGGUGCAUCCUCACCGCAAUGUGACCAGGGGUGCCUUGUCGGUGCAAGCCGGCAGCGAUAAGGGUAAGCGGUGCGCCGGCAGCAGCGGCGACGGCUCCUCCGGCGGCGCAGUGCUCGGCGAGAAGCGGCUCGUGCCCGGCCCGGCGCCGGCCAAAGCGGGCCGCUCGAAGGUCGCCACGUGAUCGACUGAUUUCCUUCAGCGUCCUCGUUUGAAAGAAUAUAUUGCGUCGGGUGCUUGGUAAUGUGUAUGAUUGUGCUCCCGUUGUGGUUCUAGCCUUGUGGAUGCAUGAACUACGUACUGCUUGUGUUAUGCGAGUGGAGCUCUAUAUAAGCGUCCCGCCGGGCCGGUGUCCAGUGUUAAGAUACUAGCACAGUAUUGGAACGUACGUGUUGCCUUCUUCGUCUUACAUGCCGUCAAUAAACUGGUUUUAAAGGCAUAUUUGUUUGA